CAAGGGCAGAGGUGCGAUGGCUGCGGUGGGGCUCGCUCUGCGGAGCGGCUUGCGCGGGGCCCUGGCUUUGCCGCACCAGCAGCGGGCCUGGAACUCGGGUUCCGGCGCCGACCAGUUGGGCGAGCUGGGCAAAGGCGCAGGCAAAGGCGGCGGAGGCGGUGGGACGAUCCGCGAGGCUGGCGGCGCCUUCGGGAAACGGGAGGCGGCCAUGGAAGAGCGCUAUUUCAAGGAGAAGGAGAAAGAACAGCUGGCUAAUCUGAAAAAACACCAUGAAGAGGAAAUCAGUCACCAUAAGAAAGAAAUAGAGCGUCUGCAGAAGGAAAUUGAACGUCACAAGCACAAGAUCAAGAAGCUAGAUGAUGAUUAAGUGGCUGGAGAGUCCUUGUUGACGUGUUGUGCAUCUGGCAUCCCUUUGAAAAUUGUGAUGCCAGCCAAUGUUCAAGCAUUUGCUGUUAUCAGUGUGAAAAUUGUGAAAUAAAAUAAUUCACUCUC